CAAUUAUUAUCAAUGUCGAAAUAUCAGCUACACGUCCAAGACGUUCACCAAAAAUCAAAAAUGUCUCUCCUCUUUUACUCGUUCAUUGUAUUUUACUUUUCAUUUGCUGUAUCUCAACCAGAAAACUGCACAUAUUUUGAAGAGAAGCUAUCCAAAUUCGACAAAAAAGUCCCACGUGUACAAAUUAUUUGCAGAUAUGUCCCGUCCAACUUUAUUAUUAAAUCGUUCUAUUUUGUCGAACAGCCUUAUCCGCAAGAUCUCAUUAUAACAGAAUCGACGAUACCUGUUUUAUCAGACUACACGUCUUUACUCAAUAUGCGUUACAUCAGAAAUCUUUCCCUUAAAGGCUUAGGAAUCAAGUGUAUUAGACCUAGAGCUUUCAGGAACAUGAAGAAUUUGGAUGAAUUGGAUUUAAGUUAUAAUCGGCUAAAUGAAAUUUCCAGUGAAGCUUUUGUUGGACUUGUGAAUUUAAGAAGUUUGAAGUUGUCUGCCAACAAUAUUUCGGUUGACAUACAAUAUGCUUUGAAAGACUUAGCGAAACUGGAGUAUGUGGAUGUUUCCAAUAAUUCUUUAGAGAAGGUUCACACGGACGGCCUUGUUGCGAAUUUAAAAGCCAAAUAUAUCGUGCUGUAGAAAUUUUGUUUUAA